AUGAAUGCAGUGCAUCUCAAGAAGUACAGUGUACAACUUUCCUAUCCAAAUUGGGCAGUACCAAAUCUUGUAGUUAUACAAGAAGGAAACAAAACUAUUUUCACCUCCCAUUACAACUGGUCGAAUGAACAUGUGGAAUAUGCCCCUUUCAAUGGAUAUGCACCUGCAGGGACCGUAAAAGGCCAACUGGUCUAUGCCAAUUAUGGAGAAAAGUCUGACUUUGAAGCAUUGAUCAAAAAUGGUCUUAUAAAUAACAGUAUUGUGAUCAUGAGAUAUGGGAAAGUGCAUCCUGGGAGUAAAUACAAAUCAAUCAAUCAUCCAUUUAAAUUUUUCUUUCAUUUUUAUUGUUUUCUAUCCCUACAUUUUAAAAAUUCUUUUUCAUUUUCUUUCUUUCCUCCUUUCUGCCAUUCUUUGCCUUUUUCUUUCUUUCUUUCUUUCUUUCUUUCUUUCUUUCUUUCUUUCUGCCAUUCUUUGCCUUUUUCUUUCUUUCUUUCCUCCUUUCUGCCAUUCUUUGCCUUUUUCUUUCUUUCUUUCUUUCUUUCUUUCUUUCCUUCUUUCUUUCUGCCAUUCUUUCUUUCUGCCAUUCUUUGCCUUUUUCUUUCUUUCUUUCUUUCCUCCUUUCUGCCAUUUUUUGCCUUUUUCUUUCUUUCUUUCUUUCUUUCUUUCUGCCAUUCUUUCUUUUUUCUUUCUUUUUUUCUUUCUUUCUUUCUGCCAUUCUUUGUGUUUUUCUUUUUCUGCCAUUCUUUGCCUUUUUCUUUCUUUCUUUCUUUCUUUCUUUCUUUCUUUCUUUCUUUCUGCCAUUCUUUGCCUUUUUCUUUCUUUCUUUCUUUCCUCCUUUCUGCCAUUCUUUGCAUCUUUCUUUCCUUCUUUCUGCCAUUCUUUGCCUCUUUCUUUCUUUCCUUCUGCCAUUCUUUGUCUCUUUCUUUCUUUCUGCCAUUCUUUCUUUCUUUCUGCCAUUCUUUGCCUCUUUCUUUCUUUCUUUCUUUCCUCCUUUCUGCCAUCUUUGCCUCUUUCUUUCUUUCUUUCUGCCAUUCUUUGCCUCUUUCUUUCCUUUUUUCUGCCAUUCUUUGUCUCUUUCUUUCUUUCUGCCAUUCUUUGCCUCUUUCUUUCUUUCUUUAUUUCUUUCUUAUUCACCCCCCUCUUUUCCAUAUAUGCUCUGUUUGA